AUGCUGCAUCUCAACCUGCUGCCGGCGGAGAUCCUCCACCACAUCUUUGCGGGCCUCGAGCCGCGCGACCUCGGCCGCCUGCCCCGCACAUGCCGCUUCUUACACACUUUUGUGAAGGGAAACCAGAAACUCUGCAAGGACGUUUAUCUGAGUGCGCUGGACACCCCGGCGGACGCGGAACUGGACUGGGAGAAGGAGGUUCACGACUACGUGAGGCUCAGUCUGCUCUGCACCAGUAGUAAUGUUGAUGAGAAGACUGACGAACUACCGUUCGUCUACGAUACCGUCAAUAGACUCCUCAAGAACGCCUCAUCCACGGGCGAAGCACAAAACGAAGCUGGGACUCACGCAGCGUCACGAAACGCAGCAUUUCUGGCGCGCGCCUUCCGCGAGGAGCCGGCGCGUCUAGCAUUCCUCUGCCGCUCCUUCAUCUUUGAGCGCGCGCGCAGCGAAGUACGGCCUAUCCGCAUCCCGGAGAAGCCCAAGGAGGCGCACCAGCAGAGCGCGAAGUUGCACUGCCUGUAUGGCCGCCCGAUCCUCAACUGUGGGCGCACGCGAUCGUCGCGGGUGUAUCCGUACGCGUGUUCCAAGGUGUACGACUUGCGGCAGUACACCCCGCGGACGAAAUGGGGACCGUUCAUGGACGACGACACGGACCGUGUGGACUGGGAGAAGGUUGAGGCGAUUCUGAUUGUGCUUGGGAGCAACAUACGCUCGCAGAACCUGACGGCCAAGGUGUUUAGUAAUCUGUGGGAACGUCCGUUUGUUGGGUCGUGGGCUGGGAGCUACGUGCCUGCUCCGAAUCGGGGGAUCCAGGACUUGGAUUUGAAGGACCCGUACGGUGUUGCCGGGACAUGGAUAAGGGUGGUGUGCUUCAUCGACUACAACGACUUUUUCGGCUACAACUUUCCCCUCGACGACCAAAUGCCGCGGGAGGUUCCCCGGCCAGCCCUGGACGUGGGCGAAGCCACCCGCCUCAUCGUCAUGAAGAUUCACGUCACGGACGUACAGCCGCCGGGCGAGCAGGACGGCAAAGACCUACCCGUCGUGCACUUUGAGGGCAUCUCACGGUCGAUUGACGACUCGUGGGACGAGAACGCCAACUCUGACCUCCGAGCAGUAAAAGGCACCGUCCGCCUGACGAAAGAGGGCGAGGUCCGCUGGACCACGUUCUCCAUCUUUAGCGGCCACGCCCGAUGGCGAAGUGAGGGUAUUCAGAUCGGCGGCGUCGGCUCCGCGAGGGGCGUCGUAGGGCAUUGGUUCGACACAGACUACGAUCCUCACGGCCCCUGCGGGCCCAGCGCGUACUUCAAAGUGUCUGACCGGGCGCCGAACCCCAAGGGGGACGAUCAGCAGAUCAGCUUUCACGACUUUUUGCCAAUCAUGGACUUUGAGGCGGACCUGGGCAGCGACGAAGACGACGAGGACUUUGUCGUGGGCGAGUGGGGUGAGGACGAGGAAGACGAGGAGAUGGAUGUCGAGAACGACAGGGAGGCCCUGGCGCAGGACCUGGCGGCGCUGGCCUCGGCGGACGCCGAGAUCAUCGACAUGUUGCUGAACGGGCAUCACGUCAUUGGCGAAUGA